AAAUGGCAGUGUCUCUCUGCUGCAGUCAAUGGAGCCGUAGAUAGACGAAGAGAAGCGCGGCAAUUUAAACAUUUGUAACUCCGAAGAGUUUAAAUUCUGGGAUUUUAAUCCCCGAUUUUUGGUUAAAAGUACUCUAGAGGUCUGCUUCUUCAGCUGACAUUGAGCAGCACUGUCGAGAAGUGACGAAAAGAUGAAAUACAUUAUAGGAAUUGGCGGAGUCACUAAUGGUGGCAAAACAACCCUGACCAAUGAGUUGAUCAAGACUUUGCCCAAUUGCUGUGUUGUGCACCAAGAUGACUUUUUCAAGAAACCUGAUCAGAUAGAAGUCGGGGAUGACGGCUUUAAACAAUGGGAUGUGAUCACAGCUUUGGAUAUGGAGGCCAUGACCAACACAGUAAAGGGCUGGAUCGAGAACCCUGUGAAGUUUGCCCGUUCUCAUGGUGUGGCUCUGUCCUCUGCCUCUGAUGUGGCCAACGCCGACAAGCAGAUUCACAUCCUGAUUGUGGAGGGCUUCCUGCUCUACAACUGCCGGCCCCUGCUGGAUGUUUUCGACAAGUGCUAUUACAUCACGAUUCCCUAUGAAGAGUGCAAGAGAAGGCGAAGUACAAGGCAGUACACCGUCCCCGACCCUCCCGGCCUGUUUGAUGGCCAUGUGUGGCCCAUGUACCUGAAGCACAGGAAAGACAUGGAGGACACUGGCUUGAAUAUUGAGUACCUGGAUGGUUUGAAAUCUAAAGAGGAGAUCUACAACCAGGUGUAUGAGGACAUUCAGAACAACCUUCUCAAUCGUUUAUAGCAAGACUCAUCUCCAUCCCUGUACAGAAUUUGUAAAUAGCCCCUUGGAUUUUUUUUUUUUUUUUUUUUUUUGUACAUAGAACGAAGCAAUGUUAAGUUAUCAUUGUCUUUUUAUCAUCUUCAGAUGAUCAAUAUUUUUGUUUUUUCCUUAAAAGGUGAUGUUAUCUUAAACCACUGACUUGUACUGGAUCAUUUGUCUGCCAGUUGCAUUCUCCUACAAAUAAAUGUAUUGGAUGCUGUUAAGAUACA